AUGGAGUUUUCGAGAAGACGGACGCCUAGAAGGAAAGAUGACCGAAUUAUACUCCACUUUGACUAUGACUGCUUCUACGCCUCGGUCUAUGAGAACCGAGACCCGCGGCUCAAGGCGCUGCCGCUGGGCGUGAAGCAAAAAAGCAUUCUGGCGACGUGCAACUAUGUCGCCCGCAAGCGGGGCGUCAAAAAGCUCAUGCUCAUUGCCGAUGCCAAGAAGGUGUGCCCAGAGCUCGUGAUUAUCGAGGGCGAGGACCUGACACCGUUCCGAGAUACGAGCAAGACACUCUUCGGGUUCCUCAGGGGCUAUUCCUGGAACAACAGGGCAGAGAGGUUGGGGUUCGAUGAAGUCUUUAUGGAUGUCACGGAUAUCAUCAAUUACAACAUGUUCUGCCUCAACAAGACGUCGCUGUCGGGGUCGUUUUUCCACCUCUCCAAAAGGGAUCCAGAAAAGGGCUUCACGUGUGACUUAACCAAGGUCGCUGGAUGUGUUUACGGGGCGAAUCCUGAGCCAGGAGACCUUGACAACCCUACUUACGUGCGGCUUCUGCUGGCGAGUCACCUGGCAUUCUACCUGCGCACGAAAUUGGAGGAGGACUUUGGCUUCACGGCCUCUGUCGGAAUAUCGACAAACAAGCUCCUCAGCAAGCUCGCCGGAUGCGUGAAGAAGCCGCGCAACCAAACGACAUUAAUGUCGCUUGAUGAUGCAGUCGUAACGGAGUUCAUGGACACACAUUCGGUUCGAAAAAUCCCUGGCAUCGGUUUCAAGACGUCACGAGCAUUAGAGGAUCGCUUCCUGUCGACACCCCUAGGACCCGAUGACGCCGAUAGAGAAAACUCGCCCUUGAAAGUCUGCGACGUGCGAACACAUCCCGAAGCAUCAGAAGACGCUCUGGAAAAGCUCCUGGGAGGCCCCGGCUCCGAGCGCGGCGUUGCCGAGAGGGUCUGGGGUCUCUUACACGGCGUCGACGGCACGGAAGUCAAAAGCGCGAGUGAUAUUCCCUCGCAAAUCAGCAUCGAAGACACAUUCAAAGGGCUGGAGAGUAUGGGUCAAAUUGAAAGCGAACUACGAUUGAUAUCGGCGUCUCUCGUGCGUCGAAUGCGAACUGACCUCCUGACCAACGACGACUCGAUAGAGCCGGGCGGACAGCGGUGGAUCGCGCACCCCAAGACUUUGCGCCUUUCGAUCCGGUCCUGGCCAGAUGACUCAACUCCAAACUUCCAUCGCAUAUCCCGCUCCCAGCCGCUUCCCAGCUUCAUCUUCACCCGCAAGGAGACACCCGAUGCCAUCGCAGAGCGGCUCACGACCGACAUCCUUCUCCCGAUGAUGAAGAAGUUCCACCCGCCGGGCCACCAAUGGAACCUGCAACUUCUGAAUGUCUGCGUCGCAAACAUGGCGGCCAGCGGCAGCGAGGCCGGGCCCGGCGUUGGGAGGGACAUCUCGGCAAUGUUCAGGAAGCAGGACGACGUAUUGCGGCAGUGGAGGAUCGACACGACGGUCGUCGAAGACGACGACGAGCAGUGGGUGUCGGAGGACGAGGUUGAGGAGAUGGAGCUGGGGGAGUUUGAUGACGGGGCGUCCUGGGAAGGCGACUUGAUGACAGCAAGGUGUCCGCUUUGCGGGCACUGCAUCCCACCUUUUGCUCUAGCUGCUCAUGCGAGGUAUCAUGACCUGGAAGAUUGA